UCUCAUUCAAAAGAUGAAGGAAAAAACGAUACUAGUGACGCAUGUUGGGGAAACCGAACUUUUCUCUUGCAUUUUUAGUUCAUAUUUUGUACACACGUGUCGUUAAAGUCACAUAUUGAAACAGCCUUAAAAGCACGUGGGUUGGUUAGUUCUGUAUUUAUUUCUCUUUUGUAACAUACACGAAUUUUUUUUAUUCAAAAAAAUUACAUUUUAAGUAAAAACAAAGGCUUAUUUAUAUCCUAACUAAUUAUAGAAGUAUAGUGUUUUAUUUAGAACGUAAAAUAUAUUAAACACAUAUACAAAUAUGGAAGAAUAUAGUAGCAUCAGUGAAACAAAAAUUUCUACCAAAUGGUACGAUGAGUUUCCGAAAGCAGAGAAACCUUGCAAGCAUAAUAAAUCUGAUUUUGAAGUGUUAAAUUUAAAAGAGAAAGCAAAGAAAUGUCUUGAAGCAGAAACUUCUGCAUUUCAAUUGAAGCAAUCACAUUCUCGAGAUCCAGACUUAGAUUGGUUUAAAACAGCAGCAAAGCGUGGCACGACAUUAGAUAAAGUAGCAGCAACAAUUUUAUUGAUACAAAUUAAUCCAAAGUAUAAUCUGGCCCAAAUAUCGUUUCUUCUUUCUAUGGUAAAAUCAGCCAAACACAAUCAGUGCUAUUUUAUAUUCAGUGCUGUGAAAGAUUUAUUUUUAUCAGAUUUACUACAUCCCACAUUUAAACUUUUAAAGUUUGAAGAGCAAGAUUUAGAUAAAAUAAACAUUCCACAAAGCUCGAAUCAUCAAAUAAAUAAACUGGAUCGGAAUCAAGAGAAGUGGUUGGCUUACAUUUACUUUGAAGAUCAAGUGCGAAAUCACUUUGAAACUUUUGUUUCAAUGCUUUCCGAUUUCGCUUCAGAUUCAGUUGAAAUGAAUCGAGAAAAAGCAAUAGAUGCUAUGAAUUGUAUGUUAAUCGAAAAUUCCGAACAGGAACACAAAAUAUUGCAAUUGAUUGUUAAUAAGAUCGGUGAUCCAUGUAGCAAAGUAGCUUCCAAAGCUGUGUUUUGCUUACUUAAAUUAUUGUACAAACAUCCGAAUAUGAAAAUGGUUGUAUUGAGAGAAGUAGAAAAACUUUUAUUCAGAACAAACGUCUCUGAACGCGCUCAAUAUUAUUCUAUUUGUCUGUUAACACAAUUUGUGUUAAGUAAAGCGGAUAGUGAACUUGCUACUUCUCUUAUUGAAGUUUAUUUUGCCUUCUUCAAAGCAUGCUUGAAGAAAGGAGAGCCCGAUAGCAGAAUGAUGGCUGCUAUUUUAAAAGGAGUUAGCAGAACGUACAAUUAUGCUAAAUGUGACUCAGAAUUAUUGAAUAAUCAUAUCAACUCUUUGUAUAAAGUUGUACAUAUUGGAUCUUUUAAUGUUUCAUUAAACGCACUUAAUCUUUUAUAUCAUGUUGAAAUAAAAAAUACUAAUCAAUGUAAUAGAUAUUAUACAGCUUUCUAUAGGAAACUGUUAGAUUUACAGAUAGGUGUAGCAAGCAAACGUGCAAUUUUUUUAAAUUUGUUGCAUCGUGUACUUGUAAAUGAUGAAAGUUUAGUACGUAGACAUGCUUUAGUUAAACGGACGUUACAGACUGCAUUGUAUUAUCCCGCAAAUAUGGUUUGUGGUAUUUUAUACACAAUAUCCAGAGUUCUACAAUAUAAAAAGGAUUCAAAGGGAUUUUUCUUAAGUACUCAAAAGCUUAUUAAAACUGAAGACAAUGUGUCCAAUGCAAACAAGAUUAAUUCAUCCAAUAAUAGAGAAAUUAUUAAUAGUUUUGAACAUAAUGAGUCUAAAAUUCAACUGGAAAUAGAUCCAAGUAUUAUGAUUAAUGUUACUGCCAAACCUAUUGAAAAUUUAUCAAAGCAGAAUGUCGAAGUAGAAGAAAAAGUCGAAGAUAUUUUGCAAAAACCGUACGAUCCGUUUUGUCGCAAUCCUUUAUACUCGAACGCAUGUUGUAGCAUGUAUUUUGAACUUGUAUUACUGUGUGAUCAUUUUCAUCCGAGCGUAUCUUUAUUCGCAAAUUCAAUCGUUAAUGGAAAACCUAUCAAUUAUACAGGAGAUCCCUUGGAAGAUUUGACGUUAAUACGAUUCUUAGAUAGAUAUGUCUUUAAAAAUCCAAAGAAAUUGGAAAAUAAGAAAGUACAAAAGAAGAAUGAUCCAUUGGCAUUGCGUGCUGGUUAUGUACCAAAAGGUGUACGUUCCUUACCUGUCGAUAGCAUGGCGUAUCUUAAUGAGAACGAGAAAUAUAUUCCGGUAGAUGAACUAUUCCUUCAUCGUUAUUUGAAUAUGCAGAAAAGAUCUAUAGAUAUGUAUAACGAUAAAGAUUCUGAUAAUGAGAGUGUUAAUAGUGAAGAAUUUAAUGAGUUAUUAGGUAAAUUGGGUACUGACGCGGAUAUGGAUGAUUUUGAUAUUGCUGCAAAUAUUGGAACGAUAAAAAAUAAACAAGAUGAUGAAGAGGAUGAAAGUGAUCAACAAAUGGAGGACGAAGAAGAGGAUGUCACAACAUUUGAUACAGAUGAUGAAUAUCCAAGCGAUGUUUCUAUUUCUAAUGAUAGCAAUGACAAUGAUGCUGUUACACAGCAGAAGUCUAAGCAUAAGAAAAAUAAAAAUCAAAUUGAUACAAAUAUGUUUACUAAAAACGAUGACAGUUCUUCAAAUAAGCAGAAAAAGAUGAAAAAGAAACAUAAGAGAGUAGACGAAAAUUCAAAUGAUUCUUUUAAUGGCGAUACUAGCGACGAUGAUGAUUAUUCAUUCUCACAGUCAAAGACAAAUUCCAAAGAGGAUCUAAUGAGUUUAUACGUAUCCGCUGAUAAAUUUGCAGAAAUGUUAGAGGAAUAUGGCCGUACGAAAACUAAGCAUGGUGGUACUGAUGCAUUCAAUACGAUGGACGGUGCAAGUUCCAAACAAAUUGAUUGGGAAAGUAAAAGAAAUGAAAAGCUUACUGGUUCGUAUAGUAGAAAAAAACGUAGGUACGCUAAAAGUUCAUGUAAUAGAAAUAACAAAAAAAUAAAACAUUAGGAAAACAAAUUGUUAUUAUAUUAAGUGUUAUAUUUAUC